AUGAAAACAUGCGAAGAGCAGGAAAUCUCGAUCUUCUUCACCGAUGAGUUCGCCGCAGUCCCGCUACACGCCAUCGCUCUAGCUCUAGACACACAGGCAGCGCCGUGUGUCGACCUCCUCGACAACUUGCCCGCUCAACCAGGGAACAUCGCAGUCAGAUUCGGCCCUGAAACGGCGCUGCUCGACGUUAUCGACCACCCAGAGGCUUCCUGCGGCGUCCAAGCUGCUUCUAUCUCAGGUACAGACAGCUCGCCACCAAUCCACAGCCACGUCAAUCGCCUACUCGACCGCAUCGCCACUAGAUCUCGGGUAGAGCAGGAGCUUACGUCACUCUCCUUCCGUCGUGGCGAUGCACAGCACGCGAAUAUCAGCGCAAAGCUCGCGGCGCGUUGGAUCUUCAACCGCGGUGCUUGGAACAUGAGUACGACAAAAAAAGCGUUUAGCUGUGUGUCUAAAACCAUGAACGAGGACCACAAGGUUGCGAAGGUGUCAAGUGGCUGGAAGCUGAGCGAGUCCUGUCGCUCACCGACUUAA